UUUUGCCUAACCGUUCAUCGUGUAAAGAAAAUGGGAAUUAAAGACCAGACCGGAUGCACACCAUGUUGUUACUUUAUUGGUGACCAAACAAACAAAUAUGUUAUGUUCGUUAUUUUAAAUGCAUAAACAAUGGAUCUAGGAUUGGAAGUUUGUUCUCUCAGCCGCCAAUGUUAAAUGUUAACCAGUGAACAUCGCUAGAUCAGAAAGGUUUCACGACGGCUCCGUUUUGCGAGGAAAGCUAGGCUAUAGCCUACCACAUGGAUCAGCAUUCUGCAGUAAGUGCAAAAGUCUCCGAUCAUAUGACUUCCACGUUUUAAGGUAAUGUCAGCAAAUCCUUAAUGAAACAUUAAGGCGGAAUCAGAUAAUCAGAUAGCCUUAAAUAGGGCACCCGGUGCGGUUGCGGUUAUGCAGCCCAAUAUUUGCUUUGCUAGGUCAUGUUCCAUCACAAGACAUGCCCGCAUUCAUUCUAUCUGAACGCCUAGUCACGAGUUGCGAGGCACAGCGUCAUCUAAAGCUUUACGCCGUCUUUUGACCACCGAGUUUUUGGCUAUUUAGCGUAUAGCCUACAGGCAAAAGAAGCAUACUUCUAAACAACUAGAAAGCUAAGUUAGCCAAAUAGCCAACUCAACUUUUAUCAGAUCACCUUUUGAAUGCGACUUCACCAGCCUCAAAAUGAAAACAUUUGAAGAAGCAAAGACCCGCUUGGAACUCCUCGAGCAAUCCCACCUUCUCAGGUUCUGGUCUGAAUUAAGCGAGGAGGAGAAACGCACAUUUCUGGCCGAAUUGUCCCAGUUAAACGUUGAGGAACUGCAGGAUCACUGUCGAGGCGCCACCAAAGCUGCUUUCGGCCAGCAAACGAGUCCUCUGGAUGGGCUGCACCAAGAGAUGGAGCCCGUUCCGCCUGAAUUCAUUGGCGGCAUUAAAAGGAGCGACCAAAAUACUCUGGUUGACUGGGAAAACGAAGGUAUUUUGCAGAUUUCGCAGAAUAAGGUGGCUGUGUUGCUCCUGGCCGGUGGCCAGGGCACUCGCCUGGGCGUGCCGUACCCAAAGGGGAUGUACAACGUGGGUCUGCCAAGCCAGAAGACCCUGUACCACAUCCAGGCCCAGCGCAUCCGGAAGGUCCAGGAACUGGCUGCUGGGAAAUGCGGUUCUAAGUGCACAGUGCCCUGGUACAUAAUGACCAGCGAGUUCACCCUGGACCCCACAGAGAAGUUCUUCAGGGAGAACCACCAUUUUGGUCUGGAGCCGUCCAACGUGGUGAUGUUCGAGCAGAGGAUGAUUCCGGCCGUGGGGUUCGACGGAAAGCUGUUUCUGCAGGAGAGGGGAAAGAUCGCCAUGGCGCCAGAUGGAAAUGGAGGACUCUACCGUGCACUGCUGGAUAACCUGAUCCUGGAGGACAUGGAGAGGAGGGGAGUGGAGUAUUUGCACGUCUACUGCGUUGACAACAUCCUGGUCAAAAUGGCCGACCCUGUCUUCAUUGGCUUCUGUGUGAGGAAAGGGGCGGACUGCGGUGCCAAGGUGGUGGAGAAGGCGUAUCCGGAGGAGCCGGUGGGUGUGGUUUGUCGAGUGGGCGGCGUGUUCCAGGUGGUGGAGUACAGCGAGAUCCUUCCAGAAACGGCCAAACUGCGUGGUCCGGCUGGCGAGUUGGUCUACAGUGCCGGAAACAUCUGCAACCACUUCUUCACCCGGGAUUUCCUGAGGAGCGUCACACAGCAGUUUCAAGGGGACCUGAAACAGCACGUGGCCCUGAAGAAGGUCCCGUACCUGGAUGAAGAUGGAAACCUGGUGAAACCCAGCAAGCCCAACGGCAUCAAGAUGGAGAAAUACGUCUUUGAUGUAUUCCAGUUCUCCAAGAAGUUUGUGGUCUUUGAGGUUCUGCGUGAGGAGGAGUUCUCGCCGCUGAAGAACGCGGAUGGGGCAGCCCUGGACACACCCACCACUGCCCGGCGGUCCCUCCUGGCUCAACAUUACCACUGGGCACUAGCCGCUGGAGCCACCUUCCUGGACCACCAGGGGGCGCCCAUUCCCCUUAAACCCCGGACUGUUCAGGAUGAUGAGCCACCUGCGGUGUGUGAGAUCUCUCCACUCGUCUCCUACUUUGGCGAGGGACUGGAUCAUCUGCUGAAAGACAAGGCCAUCACUUGCCCCUUCAUUCUGGAUGAGGUGGCUGCGGAAAAACUGAAAAAUUAGUCUUGCCCCACCCCCUCCUUAAAAUCUCAGACCGUGUCCGAAAUGGAUUAAUUGCCUACCUACCUUAUAUGCAAUUUGUAUACUCGAUAGUAGGCAAGUAAGCUCUCUCGGACAGGAGAUGGAGGCAAGGUGCCACAGGGUGGAUGGGUGGCAGGGUAGCAGCUAUUUUGCCCGGUAGCAAAAAGUGUUUGUAACUAUAAGGGAUUUUUCAAUGGUGCCUUUCAUCAAAGUACGGCUUCUUGCUGUAUCAAGAAAAAUGCAGGAUAUAGCUUUAGGUAUUCUGUAGAGUGUCUUCUGAAUGUGGGCACAGAAAGACUGGAGAAUAUGCCUGUUCACAGCCUUCACAUUGUCUUUACAUGGCUGUGGGGAAAAUUCAGAAGAAAUUGUAUUUGCAAAUUUUUACCAAAUAUUUGCAGUACUGUGCUUUUGGGGAGAAAUUGCCAAGGAUUUGAUUGACUGAUAUACUGUCAGUUUAAACCGAAAUGGUGUUAAAUGCUCCUCCUCUUCUUCCCCCUGGAAAUCGGAAUUAUAUAUUUGUUCCUUUUUUGGCAUUUGAUAUCUGUCGUUUCAAUUGUUUGUUGUCGACAAUUUGCAGGGAAGACCAUGUCGUAUUGUAUUUCACAAAUUAGGUUUUUCAAGUAUGAAUUUAAAAGUGCAUUUCGGCAGCCUGGUCGUCUGCCAAAAAAAUGAUUACACGUUUACACAAUUAUGUAAUAUUGCUUUGAAAAUAUAGUAACUGAAAAUAAAACGUUUUUCAGGAA